AUGCCAACUGAACUGGAGGAGCUUGUCGAGUUUCUCCAUCAUGGUAACACGCAGAUAAGGCAAGUUGAGACAUUGAUUGACCAUGUAUUUUUCCCGCUAUUAGCAUGUGAGAAUCUCGUCGGCUUCUCCACCGCUCAGCCGUCUCUAUUCAAAAGACAACAGCUCGUACCAGUGCGGGACUUGAAGCUUCUAGUUCGGGAUUACGCUAAGCCCAUCGCAAAGAAUGCGUUGACGAUGCUGAUCAACCUCUCGGCUGACGAGGAGGUUCUAAAAAAUCUCGCCGAGGAUGAUGCCUUCCUAGAAACCCUUCUGGUCAAAAUAACGAACCCCAAAGAGCCAAAUGCAAACGAAGUUGCGAUGUUACUGGCCAAUCUGGCCAAAUCGGAUAGUCUCAGGCGAAUCAUAACCUUGACCAGGAAAGUGCCGGAUUCAGUCUCCGGCUCGAAGAGAGCCAUGGAUCAACUCAUGGAUUGCUUUGUUAAAGGCGCAGAAGGCUCCUUGAACAAGAAUGCGGACUAUGAUUAUCUGGCAUACUUCUUUGCGGACCUCUCCAAGUCCGAGGAAGGUCGCGCUUAUUUCACAACGAGACAAGAGUAUGAUUCGGUGGUGCCGAUCUCUAAACUUGUCGUCUUUACGGAGCACAAAAGCGAUAUUCGAAGACGAGGGGUAGCCUCAACGAUUAAGAACGUGGCGUUUGAUAUUCCGUCGCAUCCCAUGCUGUUUGCAGAGGAUGGAGUGAAUUUGUUGCCGUAUAUCUUGCUGCCAAUCAUGGGGCCGGAGGAAUAUGACGACGACGAGACCGCAGCGAUGCUGCCGGAUCUGCAGCUACUGCCGCCCGAUAAGAAACGGGAUCCUGAUCCUCACAUCAUUUUGACGCAUUUAGAAACGUUACUGUUGUUGACAACUACGAGGGCAGGUCGAGAUAGAAUGAGAGAAGUGCAGGUAUACCCUAUCAUCCGCGAAUGUCAUCUUCAUGUGGAGAAUGAAGAGGUCCGAGAAGGUUGUGAUAGAUUGGUCCAAGUGUUGAUGCGUGGUGAGGAGGGUGAGGAAAAUGAUGCUGAGAAGGAAGCCAUGGCCAGAGCAAGAGCUUAUGCGCUGGCCCAAGAGUCUCAAAAGCAGGAUGAGGACGAGGAUGAGAAAAUUGUCGAUAUUUGUUGA